AUGACUGAGUGCUUCCUGCCCCCCACCAGCAGCCCCAGUGAACAUCGCAGGGUGGAGCAUGGCAGUGGUCUUACCAGAACCCCCAGCUCUGAGGAAAUCAGCCCUACUAAGUUUCCUGGAUUGUACCGCACUGGUGAGCCCUCGCCUCCCCAUGACAGCCUCCAUGAGCCUCCUGAUAUUGUGUCUGAUGAUGAAAAAGACUAUGGGAAGAAAAAAGGAAAAUUUAAGAAAAAGGAAAAAAGGACGGAAGGCUAUGCCGCCUUUCAGGAGGAUAGCUCUGGAGAUGAAGCCGAAAGUCCUUCCAAAAUGAAGAGAUCCAAGGGGAUCCAUGUUUUCAAGAAGCCCAGCUUUUCUAAAAAGAAAGAGAAGGAUUUUAAAAUAAAAGAGAAACCCAAAGAGGAAAAACAUAAAGAAGAAAAGCACAAAGAAGAAAAACAUAAGGAGAAGAAGUCAAAAGACUUGACAGCAGCUGAUGUUGUUAAACAGUGGAAGGAAAAGAAGAAAAAGAAGAAGCCAAUUCAGGAGCCAGAGGUGCCUCAGAUGGAUGUUCCAAACCUUAAACCCAUUUUUGGAAUUCCUUUGGCUGAUGCAGCGGAGAGGACCAUGAUGUAUGAUGGCAUUCGACUGCCGGCAGUUUUCCGUGAAUGUGUAGAUUAUGUAGAGAAGUACGGCAUGAAGUGUGAAGGCAUCUACAGAGUUUCAGGAAUUAAAUCAAAGGUGGAUGAGCUGAAAGCAGCCUAUGACAGAGAGGAGUCUCCAAAUCUGGAAGAGUAUGAGCCUAACACGGUAGCCAGUUUGCUGAAGCAGUAUUUGCGAGACCUUCCGGAAAACCUGCUUACCAAAGAACUUAUGCCUCGCUUUGAAGAGGCUUGUGGGAGGAGCACAGAGAGUGAGAAAGUUCAGGAAUUCCAACGCUUACUGAAAGAACUGCCAGAAUGUAACUUUCUUCUGAUUUCCUGGCUGAUCGUGCACAUGGACCAUGUUAUCGCGAAAGAACUGGAAACAAAAAUGAAUAUACAGAACAUUUCUAUAGUGCUCAGCCCAACUGUUCAGAUUAGCAAUCGUGUCCUGUACGUGUUUUUCACACAUGUGCAAGAGCUCUUUGGAAAUGUGAUACUAAAGCAAGUGACAAAGCCUCUUCGCUGGUCUAACAUGGCCACUAUGCCCACACUGCCAGAGACUCAGGAGAGCAUCAAGGAGGAGAUCAGAAGACAGGAGUUUCUUUUGAAUUGUUUACAUCGAGAUCUGCAGGGUGGGAUAAAGGAUUUAUCUAAAGAAGAAAGAUUAUGGGAAGUACAAAGAAUUUUGACAGCCCUCAAAAGAAAACUGAGAGAAGCUAAAAGACAAGAGUGUGAAACCAAGAUUGCACAAGAGAUAGCCAGUCUUUCAAAAGAGGAUGUUUCCAAAGAAGAAAUGAAUGAAAAUGAAGAAGUUAUAAAUAUUCUCCUUGCUCAGGAGAAUGAGAUCCUGACUGAACAGGAGGAGCUUCUAGCCAUGGAGCAGUUUCUCCGCCGACAGAUUGCCUCCGAGAAAGAAGAGAUCGAGCGCCUUAGAGCGGAGAUUGCCGAAACUCAGAGUCGCCAGCAGCACGGCCGGAGUGAGACGGAGGAGUAUUCCUCCGAGAGUGAGAGUGAGAGUGAAGAUGAAGAGGAGCUCCAGGUCAUUUUGGAAGAUUUACAGAGACAGAAUGAAGAGCUGGAAAUAAAGAACAAUCAUUUGAACCAAGCAAUCCAUGAAGAGCGAGAGGCCAUCAUCGAACUGCGCGUGCAGCUCCGCCUGCUCCAGCUGCAGCGAGCCAAGUCUGAGCCACCGGCAGCGGAGGAAGAGGAGCCCGAGAGGCGUGGGGGUGCUGUCCCAUCACCCAGAGACAGCGCCCCGGAGACAAAAGCAACUAAAGAGCAGCCAAAGGCAGGCAAGGAGCAGGCCAAGCCGUCCCCGAGCAGAGACAGGAAGGAGACGCCCAUCUGA